UUUAAUAUACUUCCAAAUCAAGCACACCAACACAACCCCUACAAAGAAUGGCGAGUGCUAGCAGCCUCCCUCGAGAUCUGGCCACAGAGAUUGGAGUGGAAGAUCUGUACGAGUACCUAGGUAUCAGUUCUGCAAGCACAGACAAAGAGAUCACAAGAGGCUAUCGUAAGAAGGCACUCAGAUACCAUCCUGACAAGAAUCCGGAUGAUCCAAAAGCUGCUGACUUAUUUGAGAAGCUCUCCAAAGCUUACAGUAUCCUCACUGACCCCGCUGCCAAAGGUGCGUAUGACAAGUGGCUGAAAGCAAAGCAGGCGGCUAAAGUGAGGCAUGAAGAACUGAAUGCCAAGAGAAGAAAACUCAAAGAAUCGCUGGAGAGUAGAGAGAGUCAAUUAUCCACUAGGGGGUGGAGCGACGAGAGAGAGGCAGCAAAGAAAAUGCAAAAAGAGAUUGAGCGUCUUCGAGAUGAGGGCUUCCGUAAGAUACAUGAGCAGGAGGAGAUAUUGAGACGUCAGCUCCAGGCUCCACCCCCUGAAGACAACGAAGACCUCCUUCCCACGCUGAAGGUCACCUGGAGGGCCAAAACCAGCGACCCAACUAAUGGUGGCUACUCAAAAGAAUCCCUCACUUAUUUAUUCUCAAAAUUUGGGCCUAUACAUCAUGUGCUGGUCUCCAGUAAGAAGAGUGGUAAAGCUUUGGUCUCCUUCCAACACACCACUAAUACUCUGAGUACUCUGGAAUCUGGGAUUGGAGUAUCCACCAAUCCAUUGACAAUCUCCUGGGUGAGUGGGGCCCCUUCUACCACUGAUGGGAGUGUACCUGGUGGAGAUGUGGGGACGAGUGUGCCUGUGCAGAGUGUGAAGAGUGUGCCAGCGAGUGUGCCUGUGAGGAGUGUGAGGGGUGUGGAGAGUGUGGAUGACUAUGAGAGCCUAACCCUAAUGCGAUUGAGACAAGCAGAGGAGAGAAAGAGACUCAACCAACAGCUCCUCCAAGAGCAACAAGAACCUUCUUGAACUAUAUCAUUAGCUAGGUAUUAAUUAUUGCAUCUCAUGUGUUGUUAGUCAAACCA